CCGCAGCCCGGGCCGCCGCCGCCGCCAUGCCGCUGCGGGGCUGGAUCCUGCUGCUGCCCGCCCUGCUGCCCGCCCUGCUCCCCGCCGCCCUCGCCCUCCCGCAGCCCGCCUGCCCGGAGCGCUGCGACCGCUCGCGUUGCCCUCCUCUCCCUCCCUCCUGCCCCGGCGGGCCCGUCUCGGACGCCUGCGGUUGCUGCCGGGUGUGCGGGGCGGAGGAGGGCGAGGCUUGCGGGGGCCCCGGAGGCGGCCCGCCUUGCGGUGAAGGGCUGCAGUGCCUGGUGCCUCCCGGGGCCGGCGUCCCGGCUUCGGGCACGGUUCGGAAGCGAGCGGUCGCCGGUCGCUGCGUCUGCUCCAGCAGCGAGCCCGUCUGCGGCAGCGAUGCUGUCACCUACGGCAGCCCCUGCCAGCUGCGGGCUGCCAGCCGGCGGGCCGAGCGGCUCCGACAGCCGCCCAUCAUCGCCAUCCAGCGCGGAGCCUGCGGGCAGGGCCAAGAACAUCCUAACAGCCUGAGGCACAAAUACAACUUUAUUGCAGAUGUGGUGGAGAAGAUAGCUCCUGCUGUGGUUCACAUUGAAUUGUUUCGCAAACUGCCUUACUCGAAGAGGGAGAUCCCUGUUGCCAGUGGGUCGGGGUUCAUUGUCUCAGAGGAUGGACUGAUCGUGACCAACGCCCACGUGGUCACCAACAAAAACCGGGUGAAGGUGGAGCUGAAGAACGGCGAGACGUAUGAAGCCAAGAUCAAAGAUGUUGAUGAAAAAGCUGACAUUGCACUAAUUAAAAUCGAUUCUCAGGGUAAAUUGCCAGUUCUUCUGCUUGGUCAGUCUGCAGACUUGAGGCCAGGAGAGUUUGUGGUGGCCAUUGGGAGCCCGUUUUCCCUCCAGAACACGGUGACGACGGGGAUCGUUAGCACCACCCAGCGCGGAGGGAAGGAGCUGGGGCUCCGCAACUCCGACAUGGACUAUAUCCAGACGGAUGCCAUCAUCAAUUACGGAAACUCUGGAGGACCCCUAGUAAAUCUGGAUGGUGAAGUCAUUGGAAUUAACACAUUAAAAGUUACAGCAGGGAUCUCGUUUGCUAUCCCAUCAGAUAAAAUCAAGAAAUUCCUAACUGAAUCCCAUGACAGACAAGCUAAAGGAAAAGCUAUAACCAAAAAGAAAUACAUUGGCAUACGAAUGAUGUCCCUAACUCCUAGCAAAGCUAGAGAGCUGAAGGAUCGCCAUAAAGACUUCCCUGAUGUGGUCUCUGGGGCCUACGUUAUUGAAGUCAUUCCAGAAACACCAGCUGAAGCUGGUGGCCUGAAGGACAACGACGUGAUCAUCAGCAUCAAUGGACAGUCGAUAAGCUCAGCCAGUGAUGUCAGUGACAUCAUUAAAAAGGACAGUGCCCUGAACAUGGUUGUGCGCAGGGGCAACGAGGACGUCAUGUUAACAGUAGUUCCUGAAGAAAUCGACCCCUAACCAGAAACAUGAGCUGGAUUUCAUGUUUUCUUUCCACAGCGUUGGACUGCUGGUGUUCUCUCUGUGCUGGUACACGGCACGUUAGACUUCUGACCAACAUUCUGCUUGUUCAGUGGAGUAGUAUUGGCCAACAGAGUAACUUCUAAUAGGUUUAAGGUGCAAAACCAGUGUAAUUUCACAUACUCCAGACCUUAAUUUUUUUCCUUCUGUAUUAUGUAUGCAAUGUAUUCUUUACUGGCUAUUACCUUCCCUGCUUAACGAAUCCAUGUUUGCUUCCCUGUGUUGGAUAGAUUGACCAUUAGUUCUGCUAAGAUUUCAACAGAACCCAGGCACACAGGGUGUGCUGUGGUAUUCAGGUAUUUAUAGGUUAGCUGUGUUUUAACUGGAAGUGCCAUUGUGAAGGAGUAGCUGGUUUAAAAGAAAACACAAUUGGGAAGAGGGAAAAAAAAAAAAAAAAGACUGGUUUAUAAACACAAAGAAAUCCCAACUCAAAUAACCUUCGGAGGAUCCCAUGCAGGAUUUUAAUACUAUGAUAUUUUCCUAGUGUUAUUAAAAGAAUUCAACAGUA